AUGAUGGAGGGACUGGGUAUCCAGGUGACCUGUUUACUUUUCUGGGGUCUCUAUGCUAUCAACCCGGAAUUGGUUAUGCCUGAAUGGAUCGCAAGUCUGAUUCCUAGAUGGCUGAAUCACGUCACCCAUACCCUUCCUAUUCUGUAUAUUGGGCUCGAACAAUAUUUAUUUUCCAGAGAAGGUGUUUCCCAUAGAAAUUCGGCAUUAAUGGCUCUCAUGCAUACUACAAUCUACUAUGCUAUAGUCUACAUCGUUCGCAUUGUUGAUGGCUACUGGUUGUAUCCAGUUUUUGAACUGCUCUCAGUAGGGCAUCAUUUCGUCGCUUUCAUUGUGUCUACACUUGGGUACUACCUGUUGAUAAGGCUUUCGAUUGCUCUGUCGAAGUAUCUUUCAGGUUAG